AAAUAGGGAGAGCGUCUGUACUUCAGCACCCACUGAACUCUGAGGAUAACCAUUCAAAGGAAUUAUUGCUUUGUGAAGAGUUUUCUUCAUCUAAAAAAAAGGUAAAACAACUCAACUGAAAUGGACACAAUGCAUGAGAUCAUUCCAUUUGCAAAGGAAAUGCUGAGUGCCGGCCCAUCCAAAGGCUGUCUGAAGGUUUACUUGGUCGGUGGCACAAUCGCCUUCCUGGGAAUGAUAAGUGGAGCGAUACAGGUUGCCUCUUCCUUCUUCCCUGACCAAGAGGACCCUGACAUGGAGAUGCUAAAAGUGCAGGAAUCAGUAACAGUGAAGGAACAGAUCCAAGAGGCACAGACCUCCAUCCCAGACGACGAUGAAAUGGACCCUGAGAUGGAGACCAAGGCCAAAGAGUUGUAUGGGACCAGGCAGAGGCGCAUGAGUUUCAGGGCACACGCUUCAUAAGGCUCGUCUGCUGCUGUUUUGUGCCUAUGACAAGAAAGUCAAGCCAUAAAAGAUGUUUUGCUUUUGCACUAAAAUGUGGGACAUGGAAAUCCACAAACUCUGUUAUUGUGCUGAGAGCUGCAGAGCAGCAGAAAGAUGAACAUUACUUGAUAGUUCGACUGUUACGUAUGUCUGUUUAGAUGGUGUAAAGAUUUUCUUUCAGGUGACCUAUUUAUAAAGGAUGUAUGAAAGUUAUGUGCAGACUGUGCUAUGUAAUAAAUUCAUAUAAAUGCUCAAACUUGCAGUUUUUCUUUCUGAUGUUGUACGUCAUUUCUGUUGAUCAGAUUUUGUAAUAGCAUUUGAAUAUAUUUUGCAAAGAUGAAAAGAAGAAACAGAUUUAAAAAUUUGUAUCUACUUGAUACUCUGAUUUAUUGAUGUUUAAUGAGCAAAACCUUUAACUUCGAUGUUUAUGCAAUAGUAGUCCAUCUAUUGUAAACAGAAUUCUCUUGUAUUAUUGUAUCUCUUGUAUUUUUUUAUCGUAUUAUCUUUUUAUUUAGCUUAUAUAUAAUUAAUAAAAUUUAAUAUGAAUAUAACAACCAUGGUCCUGUUUGUUUUUAUUUAGUAUGUACAAGUUGUGUAUAACUGAAAUCACAAUAAAGCUUCUCUUUUUUAUCUCA